CCAAAGAUCAAAGUCAAUCUCUUUCUUCAGCGUCAGUUCGCUGUUGAAAACCACGUUCUCACCGUAAGUCGAUCGAAUGGCUUUCCAGCCGUCGACGAAGAAGGGCAAAAGCAGCCAACUGCUUUCUAAUGAGUUGGAAUGCAAGCGAAUUAAUGUGCAGAACAAGCAUGGUGAAAAGCUAGUUGGAUUACUGCACGAAACUGGUUCGAAGGAGCUUGUUAUUGUGUGCCAUGGAUUUAGAUCCUCAAAGGAUCGCAUUCCUCUCCGAGAUCUUGCUGUUGCUUUAGAAGCAGCAAGAAUCAGUGCCUUCCGCUUCGACUUUGCUGGAAAUGGGGAAAGUGAAGGCAUAUUUCGUUAUGGUAGCUACCGAAGAGAAACUGAUGAUUUACGUGCAGUUGUUGAAUAUUUCCGUGCUGAAAAUCGUGAAAUAGCUGCUAUUGUAGGGCAUAGCAAAGGCGGAAAUGUGGCGUUGUUGUAUGCUUCAAUGUAUAAUGAUAUCUAUAAUGUUAUUAACAUUUCUGGCCGCUUUGAUUUGAAGAGAGGAAUCGAAGGUCGCCUGGGGAAGAACUUUUUACAAAAGAUCAAGCAGGAUGGGUUUAUUGAUGUGACAAACAGAAGGGGAAAGAUUGAAUAUCAGGUUACGGAAGAGAGUUUAAUGGACCGGUUGAGUACCGAUACUCUUGCAGCAUGUCUCUUAAUACCUGAUUCCAUCAGGGUGUUGACGGUUCAUGGGUCCAAGGACGAAACUGUCCCCAUUGAAGACGCAAAGGAAUUUGACAAGUACAUAUCUAAUCAUGAAUUACAUAUCAUAGAAGAAGCUGAUCAUGAGUAUACUGAACAUAUAGAUCAAUUGCUUCCAUUAGUGUUGGGUUUUAUAAUGGCUGGACUGGGGAACAAUCAGGAAAUCAUGAUCAAACGGCCUGCACCAUGUCAAAGUGCCAACGGAGUUAUCAGAUCACGAUUUUGAUCAGCUCAGCCAUUUUGUUGUACCUUGAAUUCUAUCUAUAUAUUGGAAUUGGAAUUGGAAUCUGUUGUUUCUCUAGAACAAAGUUUAGAUAUUCUUCUAGCUUACUUUCUUAUUCAUAUAUGGCAAAUAUGUAUGUUAUAUAUGGCUCUAUUUUUUUUUAUGAACUGGUGGUGGAUACAGUUUUAUAUGUUGAUAUUGUAUC